AUGGAGAAGUACAGCCAGUUCCGCGACAAAGGCACCGCAAUCGCGCCCUUCCUCCCCGUUCCUCCACCGCCCGUCGGCCUCGUGUGGGCACCACUACACGUUCUCCUCUUCUGCGUGCGCACCCCCUUUGUCAUCUUCGUCUCCAUUCUCUACUUCAUCUUCUUGGAGUAUAUAUCCUUUGGCUCCACAGUCAAAUAUUGCGUCCUCUGGCUUAUGCUGAGCUUCCCUGGGGUGUGGUGGGUGGAUCUGCAAGUUGAUGGUGUAAAGCGAGGACAACUCCACUCCGCCAAAGAAAACCUGCCCUCUGCCGGCACAAUCAUCGCCUCGUCCUUCACCUCGCCCCUCGACCCCCUCUACCUCGCUGGCAUCUUUCAGCCCAUCUUCACCCGCUCCUACCCCCACACCCGCCUUGUUGAACGCAUAACCCUCCUUCGCGCCAUUCUACUCGCCUUCUCCCCGCCCGCCCUCCUCCCGCACCCUUCGGCCAAACUAGUAACCCUCGCCCAACUGAAGGUCACCAAUCCUACCAAAAUCAUUGCCGUUUUCCCCGAAACAACGACCACAAACGGCCGAGGCAUUCUACCCCUUUCGCCGAGUCUUUUAAGCGCAGAUGGCAGGACGAGGAUCUACCCAGUGAAUCUGCGAUACACGCCACAGGAUGUUACGACGCCUGUUCCUGGGGGCAUGCUAAUUUGGUUCUGGCGACUGUUGAGCAAGCCGACGCAUCAGAUGAGGGUAAGGAUUGCGAGUCAUGUAUACAACAACGAGAGCCUGGAUUCUCCCUCGGAGCUGCCAUCACCGUCAAGUGCAAGUAUGGCCAAGGGAACAGGGUAUGAUGCUAACGUAUUUGAUAAUCUGGCGUUCAGGAACGGGUUGCGGGGUGCGUCUGGGGAGGCGGGAGGUGCUAUGUGUGUCGAUGUUGGUAGUGAUGUUGCUCGGGUCGAACAGAAUAAAGCAGUGACUGAAGAAGAACAACAGGUCCUGGAUCGUGUUGGGGAGAAUUUGGCUCGGCUGGGGAGGGUGAAGAGGGUAGGGUUAGGGGUGGAGGAGAAGAUUGAAUUUUGCAAAGUUUGGGGCAGUCGGAGACGGUGA